GAGGCGGCCGCCUGUGGCUCCAGCACGCCGGCCUGACUCCCACACAAGCAGCACGAGGGGGCUCCCAGCGCCGGCGAGGCCCRGACGGGUCCACAGGUGCUCCAGCCAUGUAGCUCCAGCUGGUGGCUCCACUGACCGCCACCACCCAGCCGCUGCCAUGCGACGGGGCUACGCGGCCGUCCUGUGUGUCCUGGCCGUCAUGGGGCUGGAGGCGGCCGCGUUGGGUGAAUGCGAGAUCACUCAGCUGCUCCAGGACAAGCUGCAGUACGAGAUGCGCCUGCAGUACAUGAAACACUACUUCCCUCUCGACUACACCGUGCAGGUCCAGUACGAAGAGGUGCUGCGGCCCUCCAACAUYACCCGCUUGCGCAACGGGACGGUGUCGGAGGCAGCGCUGCGGUACCUCUGGUUCCACGUGAGCUCCCAGGCGCUGCUGAGGAUCCGCCAGGUGCUGCCGGAGAAGCACCCAUCCUGGAAGUACACGCAGGAGCUGUGCCGCCUCUUUGACGCCCUGGGCAGGGAGUACGGUGCCUACCGGCAGACGGACGUGGACGUGGUGGUGGCCGACCUGGUGAAGCAGGUGCACAGUGCUGGGGCCGAGAGGCGGAGGAAGGCCGUGCGCCCCAAGGCCCUGCUGGACAACUGCCUCAAGGUCAUGCGGAUGCUCUUCGGCAGGCCCUGUGGCUGGGGCCUCACCUAAGGCCACCGAGAGCACCGGGCGCCUUGCCAAGGGGCARCUUCCACGGCCGCCUGGGCACCAGGGACCCGGUGCAGCUCGGCUGCCUCCUCCCACCAGCACAAAGGCUCCCACGCGGCAUCCGGGCACCGUGCCCGGCCGGGCAGCCCAACAAGCCCAGAGCAGCCGUGGUGCCAGUCGGGCUGAGCCCAAGCACCCAGGCGCCUCACCAGCCUUUUGCACAGGUGCAGGAUGGAGAGGGGGCACCCGGACUCAACCCCCAGCAGGACGGUGGCCCCGGCCAUGUUGGGAGACGCUGCCUUGUCCUGGCUGCAGUGGGUGUGAUUUGUUUGUUUGUUUGUAUCCCUGAUGUCCUGUUG